AGGCAGGCUCGCCAUCGCAGCGCGGAGCCUCGUGGCCGCUGUUCGAAGCGCCUGUCCUCCAGAGCCUGGGCUGCGACUGUGCGUUGGGCGGCCGUGAGGCCGAGAAGCAUGCGCGCCGGGGGCGCGGGCUGCCCCGCCGGGCUGCUGCUGGUCGUCGGCUGGCUGCUCCUGGUGGGCCUGCAGGCCUCGCGGGCAGCGAAUGUCACCGCGGUCCCGGAAGCCGGCGUGGCCCGCGAGGGCGAGAGCGAGAGCGAGGCAGAUGAGGAGGCCGAGAACGACAACGAAGUGCCGGAGAACGAGACCCCGGCCGAGGCCGAGGAAGAGGUUCAGAACAGAACAGUAGUCAAAGAAGUAGAAUUUGGAAUGUGCACAGUCACAUGUGGUGUUGGUAUCAGAGAAGUUAUUUUAACCAAUGGAUGCCCUGGAGGUGAAUCCAAGUGUAUUGUUCGUGUGGAAGAAUGCCGUGGACCUGUUGAUUGCGGCUGGGGAAAACCAAUUUCUGAAAAUCUUGAAAGUGUUAGACUGUCAUGUGUUCAUAUAUCUCCUGUAAAUCGUUUCAAAUAUAUGUGGAAGCUUCUAAAGCCAGACCAACAACCCAUUAUACUUUCAAAUGAUUCAGCAAUCCUAGAAGUACAAAGAGAACUUCAUCCUAUGGCUUUCGAGUGUGACACCCUGGAUAAUAAUGAAAUAGUAGCGUCUGUUAAGUUCACAGUCUAUACAACAAGUGAACUGCAGAUGAGAAGAACAAACAGGCCAGACACUGAUGCAGUCUUAGUUUUUGUGCUGACCAUAGGAGUCAUUAUCUGCAUAUUUGUGAUCUUCGUCUUGAUCUUCAUCAUCAUAAAUUGGGCGGCAGUGAAAUCCUUCUGGGGGGCGAAAGCCUCAACUACUGAGAUACAUUCAGAGCUGAGUUCUAUGAGCGACAGAUUGGUGUCAGGAGUUUCGAAACAUGGAUCAAGACACCCUGAGAGCGACUGCUCCUCUUCAGCCCAAACACCGCCAGCUCCAGGCACAAGUGGGCUCUCCUAUCGCUAAGUUCCCCACCACUUUGCUCAGCAAGGCAUGAUUCCCGCCUCCCCUGCCACUGCUCACAACCAGGAACAAGCAACUUAGAAGCUGCUGCAUUCGCCUGCUGGUAAGGUUCCCGUGGUCUUCCAAGAUUUCUCUCUCGGUCACGUACUCCUUUACUGGAAGCCUGCUGAAUUCCGCCUGAAUAAAAAUCCACUGCUAAUAAGCUUAACUGCUCUAUACAUAUGGCGAAUA